AUGGCGAUAGUAGCAUAUUCAGACUCUGAAGGCUCAGAUGCUGAGCCCGAGGUCACCCCCAUCCCCCAGAUCAAUAAGGCAAAUGGGCCUGGAUUGAAGGCCGGAUUCCAGGUUGAUCCCAACAACUCGCGCAAGAUCCGCAUCGCAGUUCCUGAAAUCAAACCUACACAUCCAUCCGACCAAGACGACCAAGAUGGUCCGCGCAAAAAGGCCCGUCUAGGCGGCGGAGGACUUUCGGGAUUCAACUCCUUCCUCCCAGCGCCGAAACGAACGGUCGAGAAAAAAACACCAGUGGCAACGACGCGAAAACCAUUCAGUCUCAAGACAGGAGCCGGUCCCGGAUUUGAUCGCACGGCUGAUGCAGAGAUGAAGAACGACUAUGCAUUCGAUAAUCUAGCGGGUGGUGGUGUGGAGGACACCAUACCUACACCUGGUAGCUUGAACCCCGAUACUGCGCCAGAUGCCCCAGCAGAGACUCUGAAAAAGCCGGAGGAUGUCAAAUUGAAAGGAAAUCCAAUGAUGUUCAGACCUUUGUCUGUCGGACGACCUCAAAAGAAGAAGAAAUCCACUAAAGUUGCUGAGCAACCGACACCUGGUCCAUCGAAGCCUACUCCACCUCUACAACAGGCGGCAACAUCACAAGCCCCUGCACCUCCUCCACCAAAGCCCAAAGUCAGCCUCUUCUCUUUGUCCUCAGAGGAGAGUACUUCUCGAACGGAAUCGGCACCUGGACUAGCAGCAACCUACCAGCCACUGGUAUACAACGCCGAAGGUGACGAAUCAUCUGCAGCCGGACCAGUACCCACUGAGUCUGCAGGUAUUCCCGCAGAUUAUUCAACUGCGACUGCGGUAACAACAGUCUCAUCCAACCCCACAUCAUCACUGGAUAGCAUCGCCAACGAUCUCAAUUUAUCCAAGUCUGAAAGACGCCAGCUCUUUGGGCGGAAUGCCACGUCGGCGCAGUCACAAGUGCGCACCUUCAACACAGACGAAGAGUACGCCUCGAACCAGGUUUUGGCACAAGGCGAUUUGGCUGCAGCCCAGCACAACCCUGUGCGCUCCAUUGCGCCGGGCAAGCACACCCUUCAGCAGUUGCUCAAUGCUGCAAGCUCCCAGAAGGAUGCACUGGAGGAAAGCUUUGCAGCGGGACGCAGAAACAAGAGGGAAGCUGGAUCCAAGUACGGAUGGUAG